GUAAUCGAAUCGAUACAUCAACUGGCAACAAAUACAGUAUGGAAUAUUAUGGGAUAAUAACCAUUUUGCUUUGUAAUUAUUUCUUAAUCCAAUAUUCGAUCAAGACCAGUUUCGUGCUGCGUAUAUGUCAUUCUUUACUGUAUUUGCUGAUACCAAAUAUUGAUUUUCAUCUGCAGCAUAUAUAUAAUGCGGAAGACGAACAAUCACCCAAUUUUCCCACAUCUCACCACCCCACAAAUGUCAAAUUUGAAGACUCGUUCUUUCAAUGCUUUGUCGAAAACGGAAGUACAUAUAAAUACGGAGAAGAGGUUUUCCUCAAUAGAUUUUUAUACAAACGGGUGCAAGGGAAAUUUUAUAAGACUCACGAAAGGUUUUACGAGCACGUUAAAAAGACAAAACCGAUUAGAAGCAUGUUCGAUGUCAAGAAACAAUAUUUAACUGGCAGUAAUCAAGUUAACUGCAAAACUUAUUUCUGUUUCUACAAAGGCGAUCAUUAGCCGCGAAUUUCUUCCUGACUUUGACCUGCAAAAAGCUGUGGUACAAUGUUUACGCCGAAAGAAUCGUAUGUUACGUCAAUGCGGCGUGUAGAGAGAAUGAGCUCUCAGGAUUUAACUUUGUGAAUUGAUCCACUGCUGUAUCGUGAGACAGACGGAAAAAUUGAUGCUGACGAGCUGGUUUGAUGGUGGCUCUCGGGAGAGGAGUGUUUAUCGCAUAUUUAUCGCAAUUAAUUUUAUAUUUAUGGUUUUCUUGAAACUUUAUGUAAUUCCAUACAUCCAUAUAUAGGAUACUUUGUAACUGUUUUAAUCUGUACCCAAUUUUUGAAGAGAAUUUAAAAAAAAAAAAGAUCUGAUUUAUAUAUUUGAUAGUGUGCUCAUAUUUCGUUGUAAGACAAGCGUUAUGAAGAAGUAAAUAACAUGCGCAAAACGGCAUAAAGUCUGUAAGAUGAUAAAAGGCAAUAAACUACAUUGGAACAGUGAUCGACAUCAGAUAAAUAUUUCGGCCUGAUUUUCAUGUCGCUGACUACUGUCCCCUCACGUUUUGAGAAGUUUGUCCAAUGGUCCGUUGCCGCAGGCGGCAAAAAAGGAAUAAUGGGCAUCAACACAAAAAUCAGGCCAAAUGUUUAUCUGAUACUGACCAUAUUAAAUUAAUAGCAUAGAUAUUCUAAAAUAGAUGCACAGUAUUUAAUUUU